CACUCUAACUGGAAACGCCGAAAAAAUAUAAAUAAAUCCUGUGCAUUUCCGAAUUUUCACUCCCCGCAUCAAUAAAAAUCACGGAUUGCUGGACCACUAGUCUAAAGACUAUUACAUUUGACAAGGAGACAGGAACGCACCUGGCGCAAUGGCCAACCGCACGGUGAAGGAGGCCAAAAACGUGCACGGCACCAAUCCGCAGUACCUCAUCGAGAAGAUCAUCCGCUCUAGGAUCUACGACUCCAAGUACUGGAAGGAGCAGUGCUUUGCCCUCACGGCGGAACUGCUGGUGGACAAGGCUAUGGAGCUGCGUUUCGUCGGCGGCGUCUACGGUGGCAACAUCAAGCCCACCCAGUUCCUCUGCCUCACGCUGAAGAUGCUGCAAAUCCAGCCGGAGAAGGACAUCGUGGUGGAGUUUAUCAAGAACGAGGAGUUCAAGUAUGUGCGGGCUUUGGGAGCCUUCUACCUUCGGCUCACGGGCGCUGCUCUGGACUGCUACAAGUACCUGGAGCCGCUGUACAUCGACAAUCGAAAGCUGCGCCGCCAGAAUCGCGCCGGCCAGUUUGAGAUCGUCUACAUGGACGAGUACAUAGACGAACUGCUGCGCAACGACCGUGUCUGCGACAUCAUACUGCCCCGCAUCCAGAAGCGUUCCAUUCUGGAGGAGAACAACGAGAUCGAACCUAAGGUGUCGGUGCUGGACGAGGACUUGGACGACGAGGUGCCCAGCGAUGAAGAGAAGGCGGACGAUGCCAACAGGCCUAAGGAGAACUCUUCAUCAGUGCGGCGACCGCGAAGAGCUCGCUCCAAGUCGAGGUCACGCAGUCGGGAGCGCGAACGGAGAUCUGGCCAGGGCAACAACGCCCGCUCCAGGGACUACUACGACGAGCUGGAGGACUACGACCGCCAGCGGAAUCGGGUGCGCAAUCGGGACAACCAGAACGAGGACUACGACCGCCGGCAGACCAGUGGCCGCCAGGAUCGGGAGAGGGAGCGCCAGGAUCGUGACAGAAUCAGAGAGCGGGACAGGAACGGGGACAGAGAUCGCCGGGAAAGGGAGCGAGAACGCGACCGAGGACGCCACGAUCAGCGGGAACGAGAUACGCGUGGAGAACGCGAGCGACGACGCUAUUAAAAUAAGGUUUAAAUUGAGUUAAAUGACCAGUAAAAAUAUGAAAAAAA